GAAUCACCUUUCCCUUUUCAGCGCUGCUGGAUGAUUAAUAGUGGCGAAAACGGUGAAAAUGUUCAUAUCGGUCUGCAGAAGCAGGGAGUUUUUAUGAAGAAAAGGCCCUUGCAUAGUCGGACGUUGAAUAAUGGAACGGCAUCUGAUCAUUCAUCACCGGAUUCAAAGAAGAUCAAAAUAAAUUCUACACCUGUGAAGAAACAGUCAACACCGUUAAAAAGGACGCCCAAAUUGGAAGUAUCACAGACAUGCUGCUCAGAUUUCUCAGAUUGGGAUGAGUCACCCAUCAAGCAAGUUCUUCAUGACAAGAACUCUACUCUUAGCUCUAAUUUGGUCGCAGAAAAGGAGAAUUCCGAAUUUGAAGAUUCAUUCGAUGAGCCAGUAUUUGCAGGUUCACCGAUAAAACGAACGCUUUCUUGCGCGACUCAUUCACCAGUCAAGCGUUCGCCUGCGUUACGUCUUUUUGAUGAGCGAAGCUCGGUAGCCAAUGGCCAGAUCUCGUCCAGAUCUCUGUCGAUCAGUGCAGAUAGUGACAUUCCUGGUUUCCCUUCACUUUCUACCUCGAACUCUGAGGUGGAACUCACUGUAAAAGAGGUCAAGCGUGAAGAUGGUUUUGUUGAUCUUAUCUGCAAGUCAAAAGAUGGACAAGAGUCAAUUGUCUAUUUACAAGACCAAUGGGCAGAGGUGCUUAUUGAACCUAAUACGCAAGUAAGACUCUUCGGUGCUCAGCGAUGGGGGACUUCGGACUGGUUGCUCUCGAAUGAGAAAGGCAUUUUGAUAGUAGAUCCGGACACUCUUGUUCCCUGCACCGGUGUCGCAAGUUCAACAUGGUGCUCUCGAAAGGUUGUUCUGAAUGAGCGAUUUCGUGGACCUGUAGAAGCUAACAAGGCGAUGCUCAUUGGAGUGAUCGUGCAUGAGCUGUUCCAGGCUGCUAUCCGUUGUCCGAACACGGCAAUGGUCACAACUGAUUGGCUCCUGAAACAAUGGCGAGACUGUCUUUGUAAAGAAGUCGUUGGCGAUCUAGCUGCAUUACGACUUACACCAUCUCAAGUUGAGACUGAAUUGAUGCCGUAUGCUGAUGUGGUGGAAGACUGGGUCCAAAAUAACAUCCCAGGCGGUUCCUCCUACCCUCCGAGUAAUGCUGCGUAUCAAGUCGUAAAGGUUCAUGACAUUGAAGAAAACAUCUGGAACCCUCAGCUGGGCAUCAAGGGCAAAAUUGAUGUUACAUUAGAGACGAAGACCCAUGAAAGGAUUCAGCAGCGACCGCUAGAGCUGAAAACUGGCAAAAGUGGACCUUCUUCUGAUCAUGCAGCACAGGUUAUGCUGUAUAACCUAAUGCUUUCGUCUCGUUAUAAGCAACCCAUCGGGAAUGGCUCGCUGCUGUAUCUCAAAGACGGAGUGACACGUGAAGUGCGUUCGCGCGCUCUUGAACUCAAAGGCAUCAUAAAUCAACGGAACAAUCUUGCAUUUUACAUGUCCAGGUUGAAACCUGACAUACUCCCAGAGCCUAGGACUGAUCCGAGGUUUUGUGGAAAGUGCGAUCAGGCUUCUGUCUGCUCUUUCUACCAGGUUGCAAUGGAACCUGCGGGCAGAUCCUCCAAGUUAAUGUACGACUUUGCUAAAGCAAAUAUGCAGCAUCUGUCGGCUAAUCAUCUCGAAUAUUUCAAAAAGUGGAUAAGGUGGAUCUAUCAUGAAUGGGCAGAAGACAAGGCGAGAAAGGGUAGCAAGUUGCAGGAUUUGUGGCGGAAGUCACCAGAAGAGAGGGAGGCCGAUGGCUUCUGUGCAUCCUCGCUUCGUCUGACCAGCUCUGUCGACAAGUCUACAGAAACCUCUUCCUCUUUCUUACUUACUUUUGAAGGUGGUGGCAAUAUCUCCUCCAGUACAUUUUCGCCUGGGAAUAUGUGUACAGUCUCAACCACGACGAAGCCUGGCAUUCUUUUGGUACCUGUCAUUGAGUCUAGUUCUACAUCCGUGACAGUGCGUAGCGAUAAGAUGCUGGAUAAUGAAGAGGUCUACCAUCUCGAUCUCUACAAUAGCUUUACUACAUACUCUACAACCCUUGGCAAUCUUACUCUUCUUAUGGGCUCAGAUGAACGCAGCACUCAUCUGCGUGAAAUGAUUGCGGAUCUAGUCCCACCUUCACCAUGUGAACUAGACCGUGCCACUCUUCCCAUUUCUGUGCAGAAAAUACUUUCUGAAGAUGAGCUGAAUGAAGAGCAGCGAGAAGCUGUACGUUCUGCGUUGCUUUGUAGUGACUAUACCCUUAUCGAGGGAUUCCCAGGAUCAGGAAAAACGACUACCAUAGUUGCUCUGCUAAGAUGUUUACUAGAAAUGAAAUGUUCGGUAUUGCUUACGGCAAACACUCACUCUGCUCUGGACAACGUAUUAGCCAAGUUGAGGAAGCAUGUGGACGCAGGAAAAUUGCUGCGUCUCGGCAAAUCGAGUUCUGGUCGAAAGGUUGUGGCGGAUUUGACCUUGCAGUCGAAAUUGAAAGGUGUUUCAGGCGAAAAAUAUACUGCUACUAGAGAUAUUUUGAAAAACACGCCCCUAGUUGCGAGCACCUGUCACAACGUACCCAGGGAGCUUUUGUUUUCUUGGAGAAAAUUUGAUUGCUGUAUUGUUGAUGAAGCUUCAAUGGUUCUGGAACCAGUUCUACUUUCAUCAUUAGCGGCUGCUAGUCGAUUUAUCCUAGUUGGUGAUGCUCACCAGCUAGCACCAAUCGUUCAAAAUACCAAAUGCGCAGAUGAAGGAAUGGCGGUAUCGCUGUUUGAGCGGCUGCAGGUUCACAAAAAUGCGCUACAUUCACUCGUUUCACAAUAUCGGAUGAAUAGUGUGAUCGCGAAACUCGGCAGUGAGCUUUUCUAUGACGAUCGUCUUGUCUGUGGAACCGAUGAAGUGUCCAAUGCUUGCCUUUCUGAAUCGCAGAAUUACCGAACGUCUUGCAGCGAGGAAGAUCCUUGGAGUAGAGUAGAGAGCGGCGCGCUGAAGGAUUCGGUAGUUUUUAUUGAUACCCGAGCUUGCACCAAACCAGAAUUCGCCAUGUCUAACGAUGGAGCCGGGCUGACAUACAACACGGGUGAAGCAGAACUUGUUUGUGAAACUGUGAAAAGGUUUUUGAAUAACGGCGUAUCAGCGACUGACAUCGGAGUUAUGUGUGUCUACCGCAAGCAGGUUGAUGUACUCAAAUCCUUGCUGGAUCCCUCUUUAAAUAUUGAGAUCAAUUCUGUAGAUCAGUACCAAGGACGCGAUAAAAGUGUUAUAAUUUGGUCGCUUGUGUGGACUGAUACUUCUGUGAGGCGAUGUGACCUGCUGAGAGAUCAACGCCGAAUAAAUGUAGCACUGACUCGAGCUAAGCAUAAACUUAUACUGAUUGGAUGUGCAGAGAGCAUGCGGUCCAUGAAUAUUAUGAAUCGGGUUCUGGAUAGGGUGGCAAUCGUUGAGCUGUGCCACUAACUGUUUUUUCCUGUUUACACAACAAUGUUUUUUUUUACUU